AUGGCAUCAGCAGUGGCCGCUCCCAGUGGCGCCGGCAAUUCUGCCUUCAAGGAUAAGGAGAAGCCCAUGGCAGUGCGCACUGCCAACAUCCUGGCAGCUCGAGCCGUUGCCGAUGCUAUCAGAACGUCUUUGGGGCCUAGGGGCAUGGACAAGAUGAUUCAAAAUGGAAAAGGCAAUACGAUCAUUACCAACGACGGAAACACCAUGUUGAAAAGUAUGAGCGUUAUGCAUCCUGCAGCAAAAAUGCUUGUCGACCUCAGUGCAGCCCAGGAUAUUGAAGCUGGUGAUGGAACAACCUCCGUCGUCGUCAUCGCGGGCAGUCUGCUCGGUGCUGCCGACCGAUUGCUGUCGAAGGGUAUCCAUCCCACAAUUAUUUCCGAGGCCUUCCAGAGAGCUGCAGCGGCCGCUGUAAAUAUCCUUCACGAUAUGUCACAGCCCAUCUCCUUGUCAGACCGAACCGCCCUUUUGCAAGCCGCGUCGACCUCCCUUUCGUCCAAGAUCGUUUCACAACACUCAAAUCUCCUCGGACCUAUGGCCGUCGACUCCGUUUUGAAGAUCAUUGACCCUAAGACCGCGGACAACGUCGAUCUCCGGGAUAUCCGUAUCAUCAAGAAGGUCGGUGGCACAAUAGAGGAUAGCGAGAUGGUGGAAGGUCUGGUGUUGAACCAACCCGUCAUCAAGAGCGGCGGUGGCCCUACACGAAUUGAAAAGGCCCGGAUAGCCUUGAUCCAAUUCCAACUUAGCCCGCCCAAGCCAGACAUGGAAAAUCAAAUCGUCGUCAACGACUACCGACAGAUGGACAAAAUCCUUAAAGAGGAACGACAAUACCUCCUCAAUAUGGUCAAGAAGAUUCAAAAGGCCAAAUGUAAUGUUCUCCUAAUUCAGAAAUCCAUCCUCCGGGACGCAGUGAACGAUCUAUCCCUCCAUUUCCUCUCUCGUCUCAAAAUUCUUGCCGUGAAGGACAUUGAGCGUGAUGAGGUUGAGUUCCUAUGCAAGAGCUUGGGGUGCAAACCAAUUGCCAACAUCGACUCUUUCACCGAAGACAAAUUGGGAACAGCCGAUCUUGUGGAAGAAGUUCAGGCCUCGGGUGCUCGUUACACCAAGAUCACCGGCAUCAAAUCCUCUGCUUCUACAAGCCAGACCGUUUCUAUUGUCGCCCGUGGAGCAAACAACCUCAUUCUGGACGAAGCAGAGCGAUCUUUGCAUGAUGCUCUCUGUGUUAUUCGCUGCCUGGUCAAGAAGAAGGCCCUUAUCGCUGGAGGUGGUGCACCAGAAAUUGAAGUUGCCAACCAGCUUGCAUUGAAAGCUCGUGAACUUUCCGGCACCGAAGCUAUUUGCUGGAAGGCCUUUGCUGAUGCCAUGGAAGUCAUCCCCACCACGCUUGCUGAGAACGCAGGUCUUAACUCCAUCAGGGUGGUCACGGAACUCCGCCACCGACAUGCACAGGGCGAACACAACGCUGGUGUCAGCAUCCGUAGCGGAGGUGUGAAGGAUAAUAUUACAGAAGAAAAGGUGUUGCAACCUCUGCUGGUCAGCACAAGUGCUAUUGAACUCGCGGCGGAAACAGUGAAGAUGAUCCUCAGAAUUGAUGAUAUCGCUCUCUCCAGGUAA